AUGAGUAAUUAAUUUGAUGAUGAAUAAUUUUAUUAGAGCUUUGAGGAGGAAAUGUAGAAUGACAAUGGAAUUUAAUAUGACUCUUAUGGACAUGAAUCAUAUUAAAAGCAAUUAACUACAUAUCAAUCAUAAUAAUAGGAAGCAAUUCCAGUUCAGACAGUCGAUGAAGAUUAAUUUCUCAACCUAGAUAAUUAAUACUAGCCUUAUGUAUACCAUGAAGAUAAUGGAAUUAUAACAGAGGAUUCUAAUUCACUGUUUUAAAAUGAUUCUAAUUCACUGUUGUAAUUUGGCUCAAAUAUUUAAAAAUAAAAAACAGUCGAAUAAUAAUAGGAAUGUCAACAAGAACAUUAAUAAAAUUGUAUUGUGGAAAAUAUGGAAAAUAUGAAAUAAGAUAAAAAUGCAGAAGAGAAUAACAGAGAUUAACAUAAAGAUAAAUCUAGUGAUAUGGGAGAUCACGAUGAUAUUUAAAAAAUGAGAAUUGAACCUCAAAACAAUAAUAAUUAAGAGUAAGAGAAGGAAUAAAAACAUAUUGGAGAUACUGAUUCUAACAGAGUAAAUGAAUAAGUUAAUAUACUUCCUAUCAAAAAAAAGAUACAAAAAAAUAAACAAAAGUUGUCCCCAAAAAAACAGUAAGAAAAAAACGAAGAAAGAUUGCCUUCAUUAAAAUAGGCAAAAGAAAAUAAACAAUAAUAUUCAAAGUUGAAAAAAAGUAAGUUUUGGGAUGAUAAAUCCUUGAAAGAUUGUAAACCAUUCUAUUAAUUUAUUUCAAAAGAGUCUUGGUGGUAUGAUAUUAUUAAAUAAGCUCCUAAUUUGAUAGUUUACCUAAUUUGUAAUUAUGAUAAAGAAUUGAAUGAUGGUUAAUGGCAGAGAAUAGUAGAAGAAUUGAGUAAAAAGUAUAUUGAUAAGGUAGAAUAAUGGCCUAAAUAUUUAAGCCUUAACUCACCUAUAAAACUUAUAAAGCAGAAGCUUGAAAAUAAAUAAGUAGAUUGUUAAACACUUAUUAGCUAAAUUAAACCAAUAUAUUUUAAUGAAUUUAAAACAUAAAAUGUAUCAGAGAUAACAUAUAAUUUAUCAUUACAUUGGAACAAUUUUAAAACAUUAUGCAAAGAUAGAGAAAUCGAUUUAAAUUUGGAAAAUAAACAUAACGAAUCUUUUGAAAAUAUUUAAGAUGAACUUCAAAAAAAGCUAUUAGACAAUCAAAAUAUUAAUGAAGAGUAUAUAAAAAACCUAAUGAUUUUAGUAAAAUAAAUUAAAUAUCACAAAAAAAAAAAAUUUACAAAAAAGACUAUAGAUUUUAACAUUACAGAUAUUUAUAAUCUAUAUGAAAAUAACGAACUUAAAAAGUAAGUUGAAUUAAUAUUUUCAUAUAUUAAAUUAGGAUUUAUAGAUUAUGAAAACAAAUCUAAAACCGAAUCUGAAGAAAAACACGAUUAAUUUCUUAAGUAUAUUUCAACUGGGGAUGAUGAUCUUAAUGAAAGAAUUUUAAAACAUUUAAGAUUGGUGGUAAUGAAAGUGGAAGAGAUGAAGAAUAGUCAAAAAUGA